AUGAACAGACACAACUCGGGGCCGCGGACGCCGGCGGCAACAACGCGACAUGGCAGUUUUCUGGCAGGUCCGAAAACGCCCGGGUCGAAAGACAGGAUACAGGCCCGGCCGGCAACGGCCACGGGAAGCAGGAGCACGGAUUCUUUGAGUAGCAGCACACCUCUUCGACGACCCGGGCUUAAUCGGACGCCCGGCAGCUCGCCACAAUUGGCACGAAACGGGCAUCUGCGGCAUGGCAGCGUGGGGGCCAAGAGUGACGCAGAUGAGCUGGGGAAUGAAUCGGGUCAUUUGAGAAACGGUUCGGGUUACUUGAGAAACGGUUCGGGCCACUUGAGAAAGGAUCCGGUUGACUGGAGGAAAGCGUCAGCUGGGUUGAGAAAAGACUCAGCUGAGUUUGGAAAGGGUUCAGGUGACUUGAGACAUCGUUCAGGUGAUCUGAGACGUAAUUCAGGUGACUUGCGAAAAGAUACAGGUGACUUGAGAAAUCGUUCAGCCGACUUAGAAACUACAGCUGACCUUAGAAAUGUUUCAGCCGACUUCGCAAAAGGUUUAGGAGACUUGAGAAAAGAUACAACUGACUUGAGACAUGGUUCAGGAGACCUGAGAAAAGAUACAGCUGGCCUUAGAAAUGCUUCAGCCGACUUGAGAAAUGCUUCCGCCAACUCAAAAGGUUCAGCCGACUUGGUAAAAGAUACAGGCACCGCUUCCAGCAAUGGCUCACACGAAUACCCCCGAAGCGGCGCCGACCCAGCAGCCAGCCCCGCCACCGACAACGUGCUGAUGCAAAAACGCUUGGUGGAGCAGUUCUACAAAAUGGACGCCAAGAUCACGCCGCCCCGUGCGGUGUUUGGCGGCCCGUUGCCCGACCCCCGCCUGGCAGAUUACCCCCACGACGUGCCGCUACGCGUCAGUGGAAAUCGGGGCACGGCCAUGCCCCAAACAGGCAGUGCCGCCAGCGCUAGCGCCAUGGCCCUCCGGCCCUUUGAUGACGGAGCCUUGGCCCCGACCGGCUGUGUGGACUUGCUCCUCAACAUCGACAGCCGGCACGUGGAAUAUGAGCUUGGCCAGGCCAGCGCCAUGUUGGCCCACGGCGUCGCCUCGCUCGAGCCGACGCCGCGGUUUGCCGAGCCCGUGCCCAGCGGCCAGCAGCAGCUCUGGGAGCUUCAGCAGCACUUGCAAGGCAUGCAGGCGCGGGUCGAUGAAAUCUCCGCCCAGUUGGGCAAAACCGUCGCGGACGCCAAGACCGUGUACCACGAGCAGACGCGGCGCAGCAUGGCCAAGGUGGCCAAGUUGCGCGGGCUCUUGGCCGGCUUGGCGGCGCGUGUGGAUGCGGCCAAGACCAAGAUGGCCAGCAGCAGGCAAUUGUUGGACACGCACGUGGCGGACAAGAUUGCGGUUUUGGAGCUUGUGUCGCGGCGCUUUGAGGCGUACGACCUCCGCGUGCGCCAGCGCCGCGUGCGGUACUUGAUGGUGGCGCUGGCGCUGGCGGCGCUUUUGCUCGCGGCGUACAUGGCCGUGGGCGGCCCUGAGGGAGGAUAG